CAAACUCUUCUCCUCUUCACCCUUCUUUUGUUCAAGAAAAAAAAAAUAGUUUGCCAUCCUCAAUUGCAAAUAACCUCUCUCUUCUUCUCCAUUUCUUUCUUCUUCCUAUCGGAAAGAAGCGAGAUCGAGAUAGAAAGAGAGAGGCGACCUGAUCCAUUCACCACCAUAAUUUGAGAUUGGUUGUUGAUUGAUCGCAGAGAGAGAGAGAGAGAGAUGGCAGAGGAGCAGAGAUACCAGGAGCGGCAUUGCCUCUGUGCCAACAAUUGCGGCUUUUUUGGCAGCCCUGCCACCCUCAACCUCUGCUCCAAGUGCUAUCAUGAUCUCUGCCUCAAGGAGGAGGACCAAGCCUCCUCCGCCAACAUCGCCGUCGGAAAAUCCCCGGCUCCCUCAUCUUCCACCUCUGCUGUCGUCGCUGCCGCCACCAUGGUCUCUUCCCCUGGUAUAACCCAAGCAGUAGCAAAGCCCACCUCACCAUUGGCAAUGGAGGCACAUUCGGCACAACAGCAACAACAAUCAAAUCGGUGUGCAGCAUGUCGGAAGAGGGUGGGGCUGAUCGGGUUCCAAUGUCGGUGUGGGACGACCUACUGCGGGAUCCACCGAUACCCAGAAGGACAUGGGUGUGGCUUUGACUAUAAGACUGUCGGCCGCGACGCCAUUGCCCAGGCCAACCCUGUCGUCAAGGCCGACAAGCUCCAUCAGAGAAUUUAAAGAAAGCCAUGGCAGGAGCACUGACCGUGAUCAUCAUCAUCCGCCCUCGAUGUGCCUUCUAUUUUUUUCUUUGUUAUCUUCUUUAUUUUUAUUUUUAAUUUUAGAAAUAUUGCGACCAUCAAUGAAUGAAAGAAAUUAGAAAUAUUUAUUUCUGUUGA